AAGAAAGGGUUGUAGUUAGUUGUGCUAAAUGGUCACAAUGUCCAUAGUAGAGCAUUACAAUACACAUAUGACACCAUCCCAUUAUGAAAUUAAUGAAACAGCCUAAUAUGGACACCGAGCUGUCCCUUUUUGAUUAUCAGUGGCUGAUAGUCAGUAUGUGAGUUACAGUUGGAGGACAGUUUAAAGGCGAAUAAGCUGGAUGGAGAUAAGAAAGAGAAAAGGCUGACGUAAGGUGAUGGAGUUUGGAUAGUCGACGCUUGCGCGGGAUACACUGGAUGCAACCGUUGAAAAAGAUGAGGAAACUACGCCUAAAUCGGGUCCCCGUUGACUGCCAUGUUGGCUCCACCGACGCAAACAUACAAAUGAAGGGGCACUCUCUCGCGCCAUUUCGGCUCUGGCCGGACCACUUUCCUGGACGAUAGAGGGAGGAGCCUGGCAUUUCUGGAAGUCAGAGCAGAAGCCAGUCAAAGCCAGCCAGCAUCUGAGCUGUAGGAUCUGGAGCAACGGCGGAUGAAGGGUUCGCUGUGUUGAAAAUAUGAUUUAACUGCAACAUUCACAAGGCAGACGGUAUAUGCAACAGAGCAGACGUCGACAUGAACGUGAAGAUCUUCCAUUUGGGUUCGGGAAGCUGAAACAUAUUGCAGUCCAGCCACAUUACGUUUUCGGUAGGAUAAGCCAUCUGUGAUAUACUGGGUGUGCACACCGCAAUAAGAGCCCCGGUUGUUUCACCGAGAGUUAGCUCAUAUUACCCGAGCUAGCCAACCAUUUUUAAGAGACCCGUUAGCUUGCGGUGAGGAGGGCUUCUUGGUCGGUGCGGGAAGUGUCUGUGGAUGCUACUGAGGAAGUCCCGUACCUGGCAGUAAGAUACAAACCAAAGAGUGACGUUUUUCUGCAAACGAGUGAGAAAAUCUCUACGCCCUGGCGUCUGGUCUGUGGUCUUCUUAGCUAGCUCGCUGGUUAGCCAGCCUACAGGGAGCGUAGCUCAGGAGAAGGUGGGGCCGCAGAGUGACAGCCUUGGACGCCAGCUAAUGUGGCUAGCCGGUUAACUUGGACUGUUGAGUGGCCACUGGUUUUCCCGUCACUGACAUCGGGGAGUUUAAAUCACCAGGACUGUGCAGUCUGGCACAAAAGUAACCCCGUUCAGUAAGAAAAAAACGCUAUCAUUGAUUCUUCCCAAACCCGUGUGGGUGGGAUAUCUUGCGGAGAGCAUCCUCGUUUGCUUGUAUGACCAUGGCGGACGACGACGUGCUGUUCGAGGAUGUCUACGAGCUGUGCGAGGUGAUUGGAAAGGGUCCCUUCAGCGUGGUUAGGCGCUGCAUCAACAGGGACACGGGCCAGCAGUUUGCUGUAAAGAUUGUCGAUGUGGCCAGCUUCACCUCCAGCCCUGGACUCAGCACAGAAGACCUGAAGCGAGAGGCCAGUAUCUGCCACAUGCUGAAGCACCCUCACAUUGUGGAGCUGCUGGAAACCUACAGCUCAGAUGGCAUGCUCUACAUGGUCUUUGAAUUUAUGGAUGGAGCAGAUCUGUGUUUUGAAAUCGUGAAGAGAGCUGAUGCUGGGUUUGUGUACAGUGAAGCAGUGGCCAGCCACUAUAUGAGACAGAUUCUAGAAGCACUUCGGUACUGCCACGACAACAAUGUGAUUCAUCGUGAUGUAAAGCCUCACUGUGUGCUGCUGGCCUCGAAGGAGAACUCUGCUCCAGUCAAGCUGGGAGGUUUUGGAGUAGCAAUACAGCUGGGAGAGUCGGGCUUAGUAGCUGGAGGUCGAGUCGGUACUCCCCACUUCAUGGCCCCAGAGGUGGUAAAAAGGGAGCCAUAUGGCAAACCGGUGGAUGUGUGGGGAUGUGGAGUCAUCCUUUUCAUCCUCCUGUCCGGAUGCCUGCCUUUCUACGGCACCAAGGAGCGCUUGUUUGAGGCCAUCAUUAAGGGGAAAUACAAGAUGAACCCGCGCCAGUGGGCCCACAUCUCGGAGAGCGCCAAGGACCUGGUGAGGCGCAUGCUGAUGCUGGAUCCUGCUGAGAGAAUCACUGUCUAUGAGGCCCUCAACCACCCCUGGCUGAAGGAGAGGGACAGGUAUGCCUACAAGAUCCACCUACCAGAAACAGUUGAACAGUUGAGGAAAUUCAACGCCAGGAGGAAGCUGAAGGGUGCAGUUCUGGCUGCUGUUUCAAGUCACAAGUUUAAUUCCUAUUACGGAGACCCACCAGAGGAGCUACAUGACUUCUCAGAUGACCCCACCUCCUCAGGACUGCUAGCUGCUGAAAGUACGUAUCCCCAUCCCCACCCAUAGAUUUUUGAUGUGUGGUAUUGUCAUGACCUCAUCACUUGCUUUUUAGUAGCUUUUAGUUUCCUUAGUGCUGGAUCAUGUGAGUCCUAAUCCUCCAAAAUGGCUUCCUCUGUCUUCUCUGCUGUCUCUGAGACAACUCAUUUGGUUUGAUGAGUGUGCUUUUAUUCCAAAUGCUUCCUAUUAACUAGUAAAGAUGAAAUUCCUUUCAUGUUCAUCUUCAUUAUACUGGUCGCAGGAAGCUUUGUUAAAACAGAUGGCUAAAAUAUUCUGAGGUUAUCUUGUCCAGUGAACAAAACCAAAGGUAAAGAGGAUAAGAUGCUUCAGUGUACUGACUAAUACCCAGGUUCCUGCUAAAGCUUUUUUCACGACUACACAUAACAUAAUGUAUAAUCAAUUCAAAAGCUUCUAGAUCUUAAAUAAGAAUGUUAAUGAUUAAUAUAUGAGUACAGCACAUUUUACUACUACUCAACAUGCUGUGGCCCAAUUAAUUUCCUUGAGAAACAGCAUCCGUUUCUUAUUCCCCAAACAUUCCAUGAUUUGCAACAUAGGUGACAUUCAAUUAAUUAAAUUGGUGAAAGUUUGUAAUCCCUAACUAAAGUUGUAUGAUGCAUGUAAACAGAGCUACAGCAGCAUCUUAAAAAUACAAUUCAGUGCAGUACUUAACUUACUUAAUGAGUAAGUUUGAUAUGCUAAUACGUGAAGUACAUGGGAAAGGCACCAGUUUUGGCCAGAAAAAUUUGAUAUAUAAACAAGUUUAUAUGUCAGGUUUGCGUUCUUUCUUUACUACUUCUUCACUGCAUAUUUUGGCAUUUCUUUUUGUUUUUCAUGGGUGUAUUGUUCCUAACCCUUCAUCCACACUGACUUUAUGAUGCGACUUUCUUCUGAUGUUCUAUUGAUGCCAUGUACCGCUGUUUCUCUGGUUUUGCUGCAUGUGUGGGCGAUGCAGCAGGUACUUGGGGUUAAAUAGUUUUGAGUAUUUGUGUGUUUUCUGUUGUGACGUCCAUUGUUUGUGAUAUUUUUGUGUGUGUGUGUGUUAUUUCUU